AAUAUUGCAACAUUUCCACACUACUGCUGAAGAUUAUACUGUCAUCUUCACUUCUGGAUGCACAGCUGCACUUAAACUGGUAGCAGAAGCAUUCCCUUGGAUACCUGAAGGCACAAAGCAGCCCAGCAGUCGGUUUUGUUACCUAACUGACAGCCACACAUCUGUUGUGGGUAUGAGGGGGAUAACUGCCUCAAUGAAUGUGUUAUCUGUUCCAGUAAAACCAAAAGAAAUGUUGUUAUCAGAGAAAAACACGUUACCACCUGAAGAACAAAACUGCACGACACCUCAUCUUUUCUCUUAUCCAGCUCAGAGCAAUUUUUCUGGUAUCAAAUAUCCCCUUUCAUGGAUACAGGACAUAAAAUCUGGAAAACUCUGCCCUACAGAAAUACCAGGGAAGUGGUUUGUUCUACUGGAUGCAGCUUCUUAUGUAAGCACUUCUCCGCUAGACCUAACAGUUCACCAAGCUGAUUUCAUCCCCAUUUCCUUCUAUAAAAUCUUUGGAUUCCCUACUGGUUUGGGAGCAUUACUGGUAAGCAACCGAAUUGCCCCCCUCUUGAGGAAAAGCUACUUUGGAGGUGGAACUGCAGCUGCCUACCUUGCAGCAGAGGACUUUUACUUCCCCCGAAAAUCUAUAGCUGAAAGGUUUGAAGAUGGCACAGUCGCUUUCCUUGAUAUCAUUGCUCUGAAACAUGGAUUUGAUGUUCUGGAAAGACUCACAGGUGGAAUGGAGAACAUAAAACAACAUACAUUUGCAUUAGCUCACUAUACCUAUACUGUGCUGUCUACUUUAAAAUAUGCCAAUGGGGCGCCUGUAGUACGUAUUUAUAGUCAUACAGAUUUCAGCAGUCCUGAUGUCCAGGGUCCAAUUAUUAAUUUUAACAUACUGGAUGAAAAUGGAGAGGUGAUCGGCUUUUCACAG